CCCGCGGCCGCCGCGGGCCCGAACCGGAGCGGCGGGGUGGGCGCCGCGACAUGGCGGCCCGGAGCGCCCCGAGUUGCCACCUGCGGCUCGAGUGGGUGUACGGCUACCGGGGCCACCAGUGCCGCAACAACCUCUACUACACGGCGGCCAAGGAGAUCGUGUACUUCGUGGCGGGGGUCGGCGUGGUGUACAGCCCGCGGGAGCACCGGCAGAAGUUCUACCGGGGCCACAGCGACGACAUCAUCAGUCUUGCAUUGCAUCCUGAACGAGUAUUGGUAGCAACAGGACAAGUUGGGAAAGAGCCUUAUAUCUGUGUUUGGGAUUCAUACACUGUGCAGACCAUAUCAGUUCUAAAGGAUGUUCAUACACAUGGUAUAGCUUGCUUAGCAUUUGACUUAGAUGGACAGCGCCUGGUUUCAGUUGGACUGGAUUCAAAGAAUGCAGUUUGUGUUUGGGACUGGAAAAGGGGAAAAAUGUUGUCUAUGGCUCCUGGUCACACAGAUAGAAUAUUUGAUAUUUCUUGGGAUUUGUACCAGCCAAAUAAACUUGUCAGCUGUGGUGUAAAACAUAUCAAGUUCUGGAGUUUAUGUGGAAAUGCUCUGACCCCAAAACGAGGUGUGUUUGGUAAAACGGGUGACCUUCAGACAAUAUUGUGCCUAGCCUGUGCUCCGGAUGAAUUAACAUAUUCUGGUGCACUCAAUGGGGAUAUAUAUGUGUGGAAAGGAAUCAAUCUUAUACGAACAAUACAAGGAGCCCAUACUGCAGGAAUUUUUAGCAUGAAUGCUUGUGAAGAAGGGUUUGCUACUGGUGGUAGAGAUGGCUGUAUUCGUCUUUGGGAUUUAACUUUUAAACCAAUUACUGUGAUUGAUCUCAGGGAAACAGACCAGGGAUACAAAGGUUUGUCUGUGAGGAGUGUUUGUUGGCGAGGUGACCACAUUUUAGUUGGAACACAAGACAGUGAAAUUUUUGAAAUUGUGGUGCAUGAAAGAAACAAACCUUUCCUAAUUAUGCAAGGGCAUUGUGAAGGUGAACUUUGGGCACUUGCUGUUCAUCCUACUAAACCUUUGGCUGUGACUGGAAGUGAUGAUCGUUCAGUCAGGAUUUGGAGCCUAGUAGAUCAUGCAUUAAUAGCAAGAUGUAAUAUGGAGGAACCAAUUCGUUGUGCAGCUGUAAACGUAGAUGGAAUCCAUCUUGCCCUUGGAAUGAAGGAUGGUUCAUUUACUGUUCUUAGAGUAAGAGAUAUGACGGAAGUUGUACAUAUUAAAGAUAGGAAGGAAGCAAUUCAUGAGUUAAAAUAUUCACCAGAUGGAACUUACCUUGCUGUUGGCUGCAAUGACAGCUCAGUUGAUAUUUAUGGAGUUGCUCAGCGUUAUAAAAAAGUUGGUGAAUGUGUUGGAUCACUUAGUUUCAUCACUCAUCUGGACUGGUCCUCAGAUAGUAGAUAUUUACAGACAAAUGAUGGAAAUGGGAAAAGACUUUUUUAUAGGAUGCCAGGGGGAAAAGAAGUGACAAGUAAAGAAGAACUCAAAGGUGUUCAUUGGGCUUCAUGGACAUGUGUUUCAGGCCUUGAAGUAAAUGGAAUUUGGCCCAAAUAUUCAGAUAUCAAUGAUAUAAAUUCAGUAGAUGGAAAUUAUAUUGGCCAAGUUUUAGUUACAGCUGAUGACUAUGGAAUUAUAAAAUUAUUCCGAUAUCCAUGUUUAAGAAAAGGGGCCAAGUUUAAAAAAUACAUUGGCCAUUCAGCUCAUGUAACUAAUGUCAGAUGGUCACAUGAUUAUCAGUGGGUUAUUUCUAUUGGUGGAGCAGAUCACUCUGUCUUUCAGUGGAAAUUUAUUCCUGAAAGAAAACUAAAAGAUGCUCUUCACAUAGCACCCCAAGAAAGUCUGGCUGACUCUAACAGUGAUGAAUCAGAUUCAGACCUGUCUGAUGUUCCAGAACUGGAUUCCGAAAUUGAACAAGAGACACAGCUCACCUAUCGUCGGCAGGUUUACAAAGAAGAGCUACCUCAGCUUAAAGAACAAUGCAAAGAAAAACAAAAAAGUGCUACUUCUAAAAGAAGAGAACAGGCUCCAGGAAAUAGUAUCCGAUUACACUUUGUUCAUGGUUACAGAGGUUACGACUGUCGAAGUAAUCUGUUUUAUACUCAAAUUGGUGAAAUUGUGUACCAUGUGGCAGCAGUGGGUGUCAUUUACAAUAGACAACAGAACACACAGCGUUUUUACUUGGGUCAUGAUGAUGAUAUUCUUUGUCUGGCUAUUCAUCCUUUGAAAGACUAUGUGGCUACAGGCCAGGUGGGUAGGGAUCCCUCAAUUCACAUAUGGGAUACAGAGACUAUUAAACCAUUGUCAAUAUUAAAGGGCUACCACCAAUAUGGUGUCUGUGCUGUUGAUUUCUCAGCGGAUGGGAAACGUUUGGCUUCAGUUGGAAUAGAUGAUAGCCACACCAUUGUACUGUGGGACUGGAAGAAAGGAGAGAAACUUUCAAUGGCAAGAGGAAGUAAAGAUAAGAUUUUUGUUGUUAAGAUGAACCCCUACAUGCCUGAUAAACUGAUUACAGCUGGAAUUAAACACAUGAAAUUUUGGCGUAGAGCAGGGGGAGGAUUGAUUGGAAGAAAAGGCUACAUAGGCACAUUGGGGAAAAAUGACACAAUGAUGUGUGCAGUGUAUGGAUGGACUGAAGAGAUGGCUUUUUCUGGAACAUCCACAGGAGAUGUGUGUAUCUGGAGAGAUGUCUUCCUUGUAAAAACAGUUAAAGCACAUGAUGGGCCUGUGUUCAGUAUGCAUGCACUGGAAAAAGGAUUUGUAACUGGAGGAAAAGAUGGUAUAGUAGCUCUUUGGGAUGACUCUUUUGAAAGAUGUCUCAAGACCUAUGCUAUAAAAAGAGCUGCUUUGGCCCCAGGAUCCAAAGGUCUUCUCUUGGAAGAUAACCCAUCUAUACGUGCCAUAUCAUUAGGCCAUGGUCAUAUUUUAGUUGGCACAAAGAAUGGUGAAAUAUUAGAAGUGGAUAAAAGUGGCCCAGUAACACUUCUGGUCCAGGGACACAUGGAAGGAGAGGUAUGGGGUUUGGCUACACAUCCUUAUCUGCCGAUCUGUGCUACUGUAAGUGAUGAUAAAACCUUAAGAAUAUGGGAUCUCUCUCCUAGUCAUUGUAUGUUGGCUGUCCGGAAACUGAAAAAGGGUGGAAGAUGUUGCUGUUUUUCUCCUGAUGGAAAAGCUUUAGCUGUAGGUCUCAAUGAUGGAAGUUUCUUAAUGGCAAAUGCAGAUACUCUAGAGGAUCUUGUGUCUUUUCACCACAGAAAAGAUAUUAUUUCAGAUAUUAGAUUUUCACCUGGAUCUGGGAAAUAUCUGGCUGUGGCAUCCCAUGACAGCUUUAUAGAUAUAUAUAAUGUAAUGAGUAGUAAACGAGUGGGAAUAUGCAAAGGAGCUACAAGUUGCAUAACCCAUAUUGAUUGGGAUAUUAGAGGAAAGCUUUUACAGGUCAACACUGGUGCUAAAGAACAGUUAUUCUUUGAAGCUCCCAGAGGGAAAAAACAAACCAUCCCCAAUGUGGAGGUAGAAAAAAUUAGUUGGGCAUCAUGGACAAGUGUGCUUGGUCUAUGCUGUGAGGGAAUUUGGCCAGUAAUUGGAGAAGUCACAGAUGUAACUGCCUCUUGCCUCACCAGUGACAGAAUGGUCCUAGCUACAGGCGAUGAUUUGGGAUUCGUGAAGUUAUUUAAAUAUCCUGCUAAAGGAAAAUUUGGAAAAUUUAAGAGGUAUGUGGCCCAUAGCACACAUGUCACAAAUGUUCGCUGGACUUAUGAUGACAGCAUGUUGGUGACCCUAGGAGGUGCAGAUAUGUCUUUAAUGGUAUGGACAAAUGAGAUGGAAAGUUAUCGAGAAAGAAGGCCUUGUGAUAGUGAGGAAUCUGAUGUAGAUUCCGAAGAAGGUGGAGGCUAUGAUAGUGAUGUUACAAGGGAGAAUGAAAUUACUUAUACCGUCAGAGCCUUAUCAACAAAUAUUCGCCCAAUGUUUGGAACCAAGCCUCAUUUGCAACAGAAAGAACCUUCAGCUGAUGAGAGGCCCCCAGUGAGCAGGGCCCCUCCACAGCCAGAGAAACUUCAGACAAAUAAUGUUGGCAAGAAGAAAAGACCCAUAGAGGACCUCGUGUUGGAGCUUGUAUUUGGUUAUCGAGGCAGAGACUGCAGGAAUAAUGUACAUUAUUUAAAUGAUGGUGAUGAUAUAAUUUAUCACACUGCAUCAGUUGGAAUUCUGCACAAUGUUGCUACAGGGAUUCAAAGUUUUUAUCAGGAACAUAAUGAUGAUAUUCUGUGCCUCACUGUAAAUCAGCACCCCAAAUUUAUCAACAUAGUGGCAACUGGCCAAGUAGGUGAUUCAGCAGAUAUGUCAGCCACAGCCCCUUCUAUCCACAUCUGGGAUGCAGUGAGCAAGCAGACUCUAUCUAUACUAAGAUGCUACCAUUCAAAGGGAGUGUGUUCGGUCAGCUUCAGUGCUACUGGCAAACUCUUGCUGUCUGUGGGACUAGACCCAGAACAUACUAUUACCAUUUGGAGAUGGCAGGAAGGUGCCAAGAUUGCCAGCAGAGUGGGGCACAACCAACGUAUUUUUGUAGCAGAAUUCCGACCAGAUUCAGAUACCCAGUUUGUCUCUGUGGGAGUAAAACAUGUGAAAUUCUGGACCCUGGCAGGAAGGGCUCUUCUUAGCAAAAAAGGGCUGCUGAACACACUGGAAGAUGCCCGGAUGCAGACCAUGCUCGCUGUCGCAUUUGGUGCAAAUAACUUGACGUUUACAGGUACCAUCAGUGGUGAUGUCUGUGUGUGGAAAGAUCACAUAUUGUGUAGAGUUGUGGCCAGAGCUCACAACGGGCCCGUGUUUGCCAUGUAUACCACCCUGCGAGAUGGACUUAUUGUGACUGGUGGCAAAGAAAGGCCGUCAAAAGAAGGAGGAGCAGUUAAACUGUGGGAUCAGGAACUGAGACGAUGCCGGGCCUUCAGGCUUGAGACAGGACAAGCCACAGACUGUGUUCGUUCCGUGUGCAGAGGCAAAGGCAAGAUACUAGUUGGGACAAGGAAUGCUGAAAUAAUUGAAGUUGGAGAGAAAAAUGCAGCAUGUAAUAUUUUGGUUAGCGGACAUGUGGAUGGACCGAUCUGGGGGCUAGCAACACAUCCUUCCAGGGAUUUUUUCCUUUCUGCUGCAGAGGAUGGGACAGUGAGACUCUGGGAUAUUGCUGAUAAAAAGAUGUUAAACAAAGUGAAUUUGGGACAUGCUGCUCGUACUGUGUGUUAUAGCCCUGAAGGGGACAUGGUGGCUAUUGGAAUGAAAAAUGGAGAAUUUAUUAUUUUACUUGUGAGCUCUCUAAAAAUAUGGGGAAAGAAGAGAGAUAGACGAUGUGCAAUCCAUGAUAUCAGGUUUAGUCCAGAUUCCCGAUAUCUGGCAGUUGGUUCUAGUGAGAACUCAGUGGAUUUUUAUGACCUAACAUUGGGCCCCACCCUUAACAGAAUCAGCUAUUGCAAAGACAUCCCAAGCUUUGUCAUUCAAAUGGACUUCUCUGCAGAUAGCAGAUAUCUCCAGGUCUCUAGUGGUUGCUAUAAACGGCUUGUCUAUGAAGUGCCUUCAGGAAAACAUCUUUUGGAUCAUGCUGCCAUUGACAGAAUUACUUGGGCUACAUGGACUAGUAUUCUAGGAGAUGAAGUUAUGGGAAUCUGGUCCAGGCAUGCCGAGAAAGCCGAUGUCAACUGUGCCUGUGUAUCUCAUUCAGGAAUCAGCCUUGUAACAGGAGAUGACUUUGGCAUGGUUAAAUUAUUUGACUUCCCAUGUCCGGAAAAAUUUGCAAAGCACAAAAGGUUCUUGGGUCACUCACCCCAUGUGACAAAUAUUCGAUUUACCAAUGGCGAUCGACAUGUUAUCAGCGCUGGAGGUGAUGAUUGCAGUUUAUUUGUCUGGAAAUGUGUACAUAUGCCUCACUGAAAGAAUGGAUGUUGGGAAGACAACACAUAUUAACAGUCUUUAGAGAUCAGAAUUACAAAGAAGAAAAACAACCAAAACCAAACUCUGCAUGGUCAAGUGGUGCUAACUGCAGACUAACAGGGAGAGAUGCCCAGAAUCAUCAAGACUAGUAGAAGAUUGCUAAGUUCAAAACAUUUGCUAUACACACUGUCCAUAAUUCAUUUACUGCCAGAUAAUUACAUUGAAGGAAGGAUUGAAUACUCGUUGAUAAAAGCCACCCCAUUAUUAUUGAGGAGUGCAAUUUUGGCAAACCUGUUGGGGAGAUGUAGGGUACAGCACUCCUCAAAAGACUCCAAAAUGUAAAAACCCAACUCGGAAAAUUUUCAUCUUCCUUUUAGGAAAACUAUUUCUUUUUUUUUUUUCCAAUUAAGUAUUUUAUUCUUGCAUUUCCAUUUAGAAAGGAAAAGCCACCUCACCCUAAUAGAACAGUUUUCAAAAGGCAAACAUUUUCCCUAUGGAAACAAACACAAGUUUUCCUGGAGAAUGUUUCUCAUACAUUAAUAACUAUAAGGACAUUUCUCCUUGUAGUUUGAAUUGAGGAACAAAUCCAAAGUUAGUAGUGUAUGACUUGCUAUAUUUUCACUUCUAAGCUGUCAAAUCUUUUUGUUUAAAAGCCAUCUCUAUAUUUGAAAUUUUAAGAUUAUAGCCUCAUUAUUAGGAAGGCAGUAUGAUGAACAAUCAUUUCCAGUGGUCUACAGUUUUGGGGUAUUUUUUAAGGUUUUCAGAUAACAAUAGUAUUUAAGUGGAAGAAAGCACUGCAUAUUAAACAUUUGAUUAACAUUAAAUUCACACAAACAUAAUUUAAUAAUUAUUGGUAUAAAACUUUUAUAGCUUUUUCUAUUGGGAAAAUUUUAGUUAGACAUAUUGCCACCCCUCCAUCAGCUAAUUUCCAAAAUAUAUGAACCUAGGUCCAUUUGAAAACUUGUCAGAAUCCCUUCUUAGUGGAUUGAGGUUGAACUUUUAGAUCCACAGUCCUUUUCACUUUAAAUGCUGCCAAAGAUCAGUAAUCACUGUUCAGGAAUUUGCUGUUUUAGUCUAUCUACUGAUUCUUGAAGACUGAAAAUUAAAUAGAGUGCUGCUUAAAAAUAUAUUUUUCUAAAUGUAAAGAAGUUAAAGAUGUACUACUGGUCCUAUAAAUUUUUAAUUUACUGUUAUUUUCUUUUAUAGUAUAAUAGGUAAUAGAAACCCUUAGAUUUCUGGGAUUCCUAGUUUAGUUUGGUAAUACAUAAUGAAGAUUCCCAAUAUCUAUUUUCUGUGGCCAACACUGGGAAUACUAAAAUGACUAAAUUACAUCACAGAAAGCCUAAUCAGUGAUUGAACCUGGUCAGUUUUAAAAGUAAAAUAGCUGUCUCUCAAGGGUUGAAUGAGGGAUUAAAGAAACUUGACACAUAGACUAUAUUCUGUCAUUAUUCACAAUAAAAGAUUGUCCUAGCUGGGUGUGGUAGCACAUAUCUGUAAAUCCCAGUGAUUUGGGAGGAUGAGGCAGGAGGAUUGCAAGUUUUGAGGUCAGCUUCAGCAACUUAGACCCCGUCUCAAAGGCUGGGGAUGUGGCUCAGUGGUUAAGCAUCCCACGCUGGGUUCAAUUCCCAGUACCAAAAAAUAAAUAAAUAAAAUUUCCCUAAACCAAGGAUAGUGGUAUACAACUCCAAUGCAAGCUACUGAGGAGACUGAGGCAGGAGGAUCACAAGUCCAAGGCCAGCCUGGGAAACUCAAAACCCCAUCUCAAAAUUAAAAAAUAAAUAAAUAAGGUUGUGGGGGUAUUGCUCAGUGGAAGCAGUGCUUACCUAGCGUGCACAAGGCCUUGGGGGUUACAUCCCCAGUACCACAAAAGAAAGGGGGGCGGGAUUUCCUAAAUUAAACAAAACUUCAUAUUAAUUCUAUUCAACAUAUUUUAUGAAGAAAUUAAAGGAAAAGGCAUCCGGGGCCAACCUCACGUAAAAAGAAAAUUACUGCAAAUUUGAGCCUGUUGUAGUUUUAAAUUUUCAUUAUUAAGUGUGUCGUUUUGAGGAAGACAAAAAUUUCAAUUCCAUCACAAUAUAGUCAAACUAUAUUCUUAAGGAAGUAAUCUAUAUAGCACAAACUGCUUCCAUUGCAUUUUUGUCCAUCAAAGUGACUAACCUGGUAAGUCAGCCUUAAUCACUUAAUCACUGCUAUGGCAGUUUCCUGACUGAAGGUCACCUUGACUUAAGUGGGCAUCUUACCACCUUGCUGUAUUAGCCAUCAACUAAGGGAAGGUGUAACAUGACCACAUAAAAUCUGCCCUAUAUUUUUUUAGCCUAGAGAAUUAUUUUUGUGUGCAGCAUUUAUGCUCCUGAAUUUACAACUUGAGACUGGUGGCCACUGUAGUCCCAAUUCUUUUAUGUCUAUACAUGCAUGCCAAAGCACAUCACACACUUUGGUAUUAUUUACUUCAUUAUCACCAACCAUCUUCAUCCCCCUUCUGUUUUUAUAGUGGUUCAUUUUAGACUCUGUUAGACCAACCAACAAAUAUUUUAGGGUCAAUUUUAAGCUGCCCACAAACUGAAAGAUAAAUAUUAAAACAAUCAGAUUUUAGCAUGUUAUUUCCAUGUAAAAGAUUUACGCUAAACCACUUAAGCCCUUGUUCUAAUGGAACUAUGAAAACUAGAAACCAUUUAUAAAUGAUAGUUUAAAUAAAUCAUUUAAAAACAAAUUUCUUCUGCAGAGAUGCAAAGCAUCAACACUGAAAUGAACAAAUGCCUUAAAUUCAGUGGAGCACUCUGAGAAUGAAGGGGACUGUCACCUCACCUAGCCUAGCACAGUGGUUGUACCGCCCUUGUGUGCUUUGUUCUUUCAGUGUUUCAAGUCUUCAUUUUGGGAUCUCCACAGCCAAGUGCAGCUCACCAAAUGGUUUAACAACUAGUUGUUUCUUCUCCCAAUGGAAAAACCAAUGAUCACAACAGUAGAAGCCUGGCUUUAUGAUCUUAAAAUGCUUUUUAUAGAUGUGGGUUUAUUAUCCAUCCUUCAAGAAUAUGACUAAGUCAAUCUUUUUUUUUUAAACAGUUAAUUUGGUCCUGAAAACAUCUGAAUCUUUAUUAUCCCAUCUGCAUUAAUUCACUCUUUACUAACCACUUUUUAAGAUUUAAUUUUUAAAAACACUACUAUACAUCAAUAAAAUCAAUUAUCUGUUUGUUAUUUAAUUCUAAAGCAUUGGACACAUCUUGCCUUAACAAUUUUAAAAACCACACACAAAACUCAAUAAAUACAGUAGGCCAAAAGUUUCAUCCUGUCUUGCAGUUUACCCAUCUGAUCUCUGUAAUUAUAUAGCUCUGUCAUUUAAAAAUAUGACUUAAAUCUAAUUUUUACAUUUCAAAAAUGAUCUUCAGUAGUAACCAAGUGUAUUUUCUGUGGAGUUAUUUCUGAGAAUGUUAUUUUUCAGAAUGUGGGAAUAUAUAUUUAUAAUCUGUUUAAAAGUUUGUUUUCUCUGAUCCUAAUGUAUAUACUUGUAAAAAUUUUUGUAUAUUUUGUGACAAUGUAGUUCCCCAAAAAGUUUAUUUAAAAAGUAUGUUAAUAGUAAAUGAAAGUAUUUUAAAGGAAUUGUUCAUA